UCUUUGAAAAAGAGUUCUGGUCAAAUUCAUGACUUCAUUAUUGAACCAAGUUAUCACACGACUAAAUAAUUUGUACCAUAAGUUGGAUCUAUUGAAUGUCGAUAUGUUCUGAAAAUUUCAAUUAGCUAAUCCAUAUUAUCCAUGGGUUUCCAGGUUAUAGUUGAUCUUCUCGUGAUUAUGCUAGUGCUUACAAUAAGAGGAGUUGAAGCAGCAAAAGCAGAAGAUUCUGAUACAGAGGAGUGCUGGAACAAAAGAUGCUCCCAUCGCGGCCCAGAUAUCCGGUUCCCAUUUUGGCUCAAAGACCGGCAGCCUGCGCACUGUGGCUAUCCUGGUUUCGGAGUUUCUUGUCACAGAGGUCAAACUCUACUGGAGUUCCAAUACCUUGCAAACACAUCUCUCGAUGAAACACAGCUCUUUCUUUCGAAAAAUAUAUCCGUCCAAUCGAUCAACUACUCAUCUCAAGAGAUAGUGUUUGUUAGUCACCAGCUAACUAACAAUCUUAAACUUGUUAACCUGUCAAAUUCAUCCCUGUUUGCACCUACUCACUUUGAAAACAUACGUCCUUCUAGGUACGCAGAACAAAUAGCAGGAGGUCAUUAUAUAUACUCAACUGCUACUUUUGUCAGUUGUUCCUCAAGAAUCAAAGAUAAUUAUGCUUUCUAUGGAUUGCUCCCUGGAAUGCUUACAUCCGUCAGUGGGCAAACUUUCCCAGUCUACUCUUUGGGGGAUGUAAGACGCAGGUUAUUUCUACCAUCCGUAACCUCCUGCACCAAGGUGUUUGAUUCUACUCUCACAUAUGAACUUCUUGAGGCAUACAAUAGCUUUGUCAUGAAAUGGUCAACUCCAAAUUGUGGGAAAUGUGAAGCCAGGGGGCAGUACUGUAAGCUGAUGAAGAAUAGUAACAACCAAACAGCUGGUCUCAGUACUAUAUGCUUCUCCAGAGGUCGACGACAUAGGGAUUCAGUUGAGCCUAUUACAAGUAAAAUUGCAGGUGCUAUUAUUCUAGUGCUUGUCCUCGUAGUAUUACUGUAUUAUCUAAUUAGAACAUAUAGACAAAGAAAAUAUGAUGAACUGAAAAUCGAAAUGUUUCUGGCGGAUUACCAAGCCAUGAAACCGACAAGAUACUCAUAUGUUGAUAUUAAGAAAAUCACUGGUAAUUUUCGUGAUAAAUUAGGACAAGGAGGUUAUGGGUCAGUCUACAAAGGUCAGAUCACCAGUGAAAUUUUUGUAGCAGUUAAGGUCCUAAAUAGCGACCCAAAAGCUAAUGGGGAAGAUUUUAUUAAUGAAGUGGGAACUAUAGGGCGGAUUUAUCAUGUUAAUGUUGUUCGUUUGGUGGGGUACUGCGCUGAUGGCUGCAAUCGAGCUCUAGUUUACGAGUUUCAACCUAAUAAUUCUCUAGAAAAGUUCACAUACAGUGGAAAAACUCAUCAGAACAAUUUCCUCGGCUGGGAGAAGAUGGAAGAAAUCGCUCUAGGCAUAGCUAAAGGAAUUGAUUAUCUUCACCAGGGGUGUGCUCAGCAGAUCCUGCACUUUGAUAUCAAACCUCAUAAUAUCCUAUUGGACCAUAAUUUUAAUCCCAAAAUAUCUGAUUUUGGGUUGGCCAAGUUGUGUUCCAAGGACCAGAGCAUUGUGUCGAUGACUAUGGCUAGGGGGACCAUUGGCUAUAUUGCACCAGAAGUGUUUUCUAGGAAUUUCGGGAAGGUGUCAUCCAAAUCAGAUGUUUACAGUUUUGGAAUGUUAUUGCUUGAGAUGGUGGGAGCAAGGAACAACAACUCAGUAGAAAACAGCAGUGAAACAUACUUCCCGGAAUGGAUAUUUCAUCAUUUGGAGGAAGGUGGAGAAGUAGCAAUUCAAAUAGAGAAAGAAGAAGAUUCAAAAAUAGCAAAAAAAUUAACAAUUGUGGGAUUAUGGUGCAUAGGGUGGCAUCCAGUGGACAGACCUUCGAUGAAGCAUGUUGUUCAUCUGCUAGAAAGCAAAGAAUGUCCGUCGAUGCCACCUAACCCGUUCGGAAAAUCAAGUGUCAGGUCCUUUACAGAAGAUCUAGAAGUUAUUUCUGAAUCCAACUGAUAAAUUGAUUGCUACUGUGUCUGUGACCUGUAUAUUGAAAACCUCUUUAUUGCUGGCAAGAAUCGUUCAGCAUCAUAAAGGGAUUUUCCGUCAAUAAGAUUGUUUUUAUAUCACACUAUUUAAUGAUUUAGGUUGCUGUACUAUUAAAUAACAGUCUUAAGAAUUUUUGA